AAGUAAUUAUAAAUUACAUAUUUAAUUACAUAUUCAUAAAUUUUUCAUAUUUCAUAAGUCUAUAUGUAUAUAAAUAUUAUGUUUAUAAAAGUAAAAUUCGAAAUGUAGUAAAUCUAGUACGUCACUAGAUAGCAUCACAGUCGCAAACGUACAUACCCGUACAACUUUGUGACCGGUGUCCCACCCUCCCCCUGCCCGGAGUGUACAGUCCAUGAACAUUAGAGUAAGGACACCGAUCACGGCCAGCUGGACAGAAAAAAAAUGGUCCCGAAUUUGUAGCUUCCGCUAGAGCGCGCUACGGAGUAGUAGUCAUACUCGUUUUAUACAACUGCCAUAGGACAUUUCGUGGUUUUUUAUUAAAAUAACUAGUAAGAAGCAUUCUUAAAGCAUUUCUUAAAUUAGUAUUCUUGUAUAUGGUAAGAAGUUUUUUAAUUUGUCUCCUUAAGACUUAAACAUGUCACGAAAUUGUUUUGUCCCGUUGUGUAAAGAAGGAUACCCCUCUACCAGGUCUACUAACAAGGUAUUGGGAAUUCGAAACAAAACAUUGUUUAAAGCACCUAAGGAUCCUAAAGUCUUAGCACAAUGGGUUAAAGCAAUUCCACGAUCAGAUCGAGAUUUGAGAUCAGGGAUAGACCGUGUGUGUGAAAAGCAUUUUGCUGAAACCAGUCUGAUAAAAUAUUUUGAAAAUGUAAUGGCAGAUGGUUCAAUCCAAAAAAUUGAAAGGGAUAGAAUUUGUUUAAAAGAAAAUGCAGUACCGUCAUUGUUUCCAGAUCUACCACAUUACUUAUCUUCUAUAAAAAAAAUACGAAAACCCCAAGUUCGACAUUUGAAUACAAAAUCUAAUAAUGCUGAAACUCCUAACCUCAAUAGUUCAUUUAAUACUACAAUUAUCGAAUAUGAUAUAUUUUACAAUAUUGUGAAUCAAUUGAAAAGUACCAUAUUACCUGAUGCCACAUUUAUUUCCAUGGUAAAAGAUGAUUUGGUUAUUGGAUGGUUUAAUAAUGACAAGGAUACAGUGUUCAAAAAAAUUAUCAUUUAUAAAGAUAAUCUUAACAUACAAGUGUUUGUAAGCAAAGUCAUAGUGAAUGUUGAAGGAAUAAUGCAAACUGCUACAGACUUUGAAGAUAUUGAAAAAAUUAUAGCUAUAGUAAAUAAUUUACAAGUUUGCAGUGGCACUGGUCUUGAUAAAAGCCCACAAUCAGUUGCAUGCUAUGGUUAUGUUGAUGCAAAGAAACCAGGCACAUCAUUUACAGAUUCUCGUUGCACUGUAUGCUCUAAAGAAAGAAAAAAUAUGAUAGAUCUUCAGAGAAUAUAUACUUUAAGACAGACAGAAAUAAAAAAAAAAUUUAAGGAAACAGAAAAGCAUACGUAGAGUCAAAAACAUUACUCGAAAGAAUAGCAGACUUAAAUAAUAAAGUAUGUAAUUUUGGAGUGUUGUAAAGUAUUUGAGUAAAAAUAUGUUAUAUAUACUGUAUUUUUUUGUCAUAAUAUAUUAUGCCUUGUAACACCCUAUUUUAUACUGAAUCAUUAUACUCAUAAUUAUUAUA